UUACUGUCGUUAAAAAUAAAAUGAAGAAUUGUGUGGUAAAUAAAAGAAUAAAAAAUUGUUAAAAUAAAAAAUAGAUUAGAAUAUUUGUGUGCACGAAGUUCUACUGGGGUCUUUGUGGCUUCAACUUUGUAGUCAAACAAAUGUUGGAGAAGCAAACAGUUGACUUGAUAAAGUCUUGAUAUAUUCAAAUUAUCAAUCAAUAUAAGAAAAGAAGUAGGCGUCAAACAUAUUACAUUCAAACGCUCUUCAAUGCGCAGUAUUUUAGUACAUCUUAACCUAUUGAGACAACUGUUGUAAAAUGUCUACGAUUUUGAUCUUUAGUAGAAAAGCUUCUACAAGGAAAGCUCUCUAAAAGGGUUUAUAUAAUUAUUCCGUUAUUAUAGAAUGUUACCGACUCUUCAUAGCUUAAUGAGGUGCUCCUCAAGCGUUUUACAACCGGCUAGCACAACCGGUAGCAUUAGGUUGGCCGCAUCACCAUUCGAUGGUAAUCAUGGCACCGACCUGGAUGAUCUCAAUACGGCGACAUGUUCAGGCCGUGGCGAUUGCCUCAAUGGUACCUGCUUGUGUGAAAUACGCUACGCAGGCGACGAAUGUAGUGGUUUCAAUUUACCCUACUAUGCGGGCAUAUCGAGCGUAUUCUAUUUUGUAGCCUUAAUAUCGGUAAUACAAUUGUUCAUUUGCAUAGUGGCCGAAUAUCAGAGACUUAAGCAGCCCUCGGUCUUACGAGCUUGCCGAGUGACUACACAAAAAUUAUUAUAUUUUAUGGUAUUUGUGGCGUCUUCCCUAAGAGGUGCCUAUUUUACAACACCGCUGGACUUACAACCUCAAUGGGCAGUUACUUUAAUGUCAGCUUAUUAUCCUUUAUUAAUGACUUGCGCCUCUUUAAUUGUUUGUAUGUGGGCUGAGAUCUUUCAUUUACGUGACAUACGCUGGGAGAAGUCACAAUUUUUGUCAAAAAGUUUUCUUGGAUUCGUUGCCUUCAAUUUUCUCUUGUACAGCCUAUUCGGUGUGGAAGUCUUCUCAGCCAUAAUUAAUGCCAAUCGUCAAAGUUAUGCUCACAUUUUCAAUGGCUGCUAUGCUGUUCUCUUACUGGUGGUCGUAGUUUUCUUCUUAAUAUAUGGUGUCGAAGUAUAUUUUAAGCUGCGCGGCGGUUUCGUUUACGAUCAGACUGGGAAAAUUUUAGGUCCCAGUGAAGCUAUAGUAAAUGUCUCACAAUUGCAUCAAUCACGUUUGGGCUUGUUAUCGCAAGCGAUUAUGCUGAUAGUGAUUGUGGGCUUUCUUACGUCAGAAACAUUGGCCGAUUUCUGGAAAACGAAAGUUCCCGUCUAUUCGCGGAAUUGGCAUGACAUUGUCUUCCGGAUUGUGGAGAUUGGCGUGGCACUUUGGUUUCCUUGCUGUUUAUGGAAUUCGAUGGCCCCCGAACAGCUAUGGAUAUUAAAUCCCCGAAAGCUUAUAUCUCGUCAAAUAGAUCCCUCCAUACCAACGACGUCGGCCGAGACGAAAACGCUAUCGCCUGAAGAGGGUCAAUCAUUUCUGGCGAAGAAAGACUGUUGGAUAUGUUACGAUAAUGACAAGCUCGAACCUCUAAUACAGCCGUGCCGCUGCACCGGCGAUGUUAGUUCCGUGCAUCACGAAUGUCUCAAACGUUGGCUAGUUGAAAGUUGUAACAACACUGAAGCUCAUCUAUCAUGUAAAGUAUGCGGUUUCCCCUACGAAGUGGAGAAAACGAAAAAACUCGAUUGGGAGAAGGGUUUCACUAUACAACAUUGGCUCAAAACUGUGAUUUUAAUAACAUUGAUGUGCGUAUCUGGUGCUAGUGCCUGGGUGGUGAUUCAGUUCUAUGUAGAUCCAUUAAUACGUGUAUUGACGGUAGGAAUAGCAGUGCUAAUAGGUUAUGUAUGCAUAAAAUGCUUAGGUGAGAACACAGUGGUCGCCUAUCAACGUGCCAAAGUAAGCAGCAUUAACAUUGUCACAAAGUCUGAAAUGGAAAAGCUACAUACCAUCUGUGAAGAUGUUAGCUCAGCUGAUUCUGGAAAUUGCUCAUCUUAAAAUCCAAAAUCUAGGCUCCAUUAAUAAUUUUAUUAUGUUUGAACAAAAAUUUUUGCAAUAUUAACUUCCUUACCCAUCCUCUAACCAUACUUAUUCUUCUCAUUAUUAUGUUUAAUUAUAUUAAAAUAUAAUUUUCAGAAAGUUAAGCACAUUUUAAAAACGAAAAGUAAUAAGAUAAGCGUAGAAAAACGAUUGAAGAAAAAUGUUCAAUUUAAAAAUCAUUGCGAGUAAGACAAAUAAUAUAUAAUAUGUAAUAAUAGUCAUAUAUGAUGGGUGCAGUUUAUCAAUCUAAGAGGCUGAGAGUGUCGCGCUACAUAUAGGGAUAGCGAAUAAUCGAUUGCAAAGGGAUUUAUGCACGAUCGAUCGCGCCGCCUUUUAGAAGAUUUCAACGUUCUCAUCAUGAGUUGAUGUCCAAUGCAAUUAACCUUAAAUCAAACACUUCGAUCGUGCAAACAAGAGAUACUUGACACUUCUGCUAUAUGCUAAUAAGCAAACUAGAAAUUGUUUAAUGAACUCUUCUAACGAUACUCGUUAUAAAAACGCUUGUGCUUAUGGAUGGCUACUUAAUGUCUCAUGCUAUCCCUAUUUGUUAGUUUUAAUAUAAACCUUAUGUUUGUUUCCCUUUAUAACCGAGUAGAGAUUAUAAGAAGUAUAAAAAAUAUAAUUGAUUUCUGUACAAUCAGAAAUCAUGAACGCAGCUUUCAAAUUGCAAAAGCAACAAAACCCAUUUACUAUAAUUAACCAGUGUAACAUUAUAUUUUACAUUGUAAUUGACAAACGCAUCACACAUAACACAUUCAAUAUUAAUUAUUUAUAUACAUUUUUUUUU